AAUAAUCCAUGACUAACCUCUCCUAAAGCAAACCCCGUGAUCAACACACACAACAAACAAAACUGGACAAGUGAUAAUGGCGAGCGACGAGGAGGAGGCUAACAGACGGCCCUCAUCGGUGGAUCUGGAGGCCUGGUUCCCCGCGCCUGUCAGCGGGGAGGAUGAGCCCGAGCUCCGGCGUCUGCGGGAGCGUCUGCGCGGCUGGCUGUCGCAGUACGAGCCCGCGGUGAUCUCGGCGCAGCGGCUGCUAGUGUGGGAGAGGCCGCUGCACAGCAUCAUCGCGGCGUUCAUGCUCAACACGGUGUUCUGUUGUAAUUCUGCGAGACCACACGAGCCCCUGCCCCAACCCCCUUUGACAUUCUUUGUCACAGCUUCCACACAACAUCGAAGUCUACCUGACCAGCCUUCAUUUGUGACAGCCAGGCUCCUGUCGUCUACGUCUUUGAGACCCUUGUUCCUCCUGAGUGUGUCUCUUAUUGGUCUGACUCUACUGGAGAGAUGGAAAGACAAACUGCCUCAAAUCACUGUGUGGCAUCCUGAGCCAGCUGUGAUUGAACGAGAAACCAUAACGGAGCAGCCACGUCUGCUAAGCGUCGAUGAACUCAGCCAUCAUCUUGCUGAAAGUUAUCUCACCUUCAUCCUCUAUUUCCAGGAAAUGCUUCAAUACAAACGGCAGAAUCAUGGAAAGUUCUGCGUUAUGAUGUGUUCAGGAUGUUUCAUAUUGGCCGUGGUUGGGCAUUAUAUUCCUGGGAUUAUGAUCUCCUACAUUAUAUUAUUGAGUGUGCUGCUGUGGCCAUUGGUGGUCUAUCAUGAACUGAUCCAGAAAAUGUACACCGGACUGGAGCCCAUUCUGAUGAAACUGGACUACAGCAUGAAGGGAGACACACAGCGCCGCAAAUAUGACAAGAGAAAGCUGAAGAAGGAGCAGGAAGAGGGUGAUGAGCCGAGAGCAGAGACAGAGAGUGAGAGCGAGGAGGAGUUGUCCUGUUUCACCCCUACUGUGGAUGUGAAGACUACGGCUCUGGCGAUGGCCAUCACUGACUCUGAGCUCUCUGAUGAAGAGGCAUCUAUACUGGAAAGUGGAGGAUUCUCUGUGUCUAGAGCCACCACACCACAGCUCACUGAUGUUUCUGAAGACUUGGAUCAGCAGAGUGUGCAAAGUGAACCCGAAGAGUCAUUCACUAGGGACCUAGCGGAGUUUCCUUCAGUGGAUGAGCUGCCCUCUAUCGAACCGGGUCUGUUCCAUUUCCCUCUGGGUGUUCUUGGGUGUGACCAGGCAGGUGCCCUGGAAGAACCCCAGUCCCCCACCAGCCUCCUCAUCCAACAUUUAUCAUCCCCGCUUCACUUUGUCAACACACACUUCAAUGGACUCGGACAAGCAACUAGGGCAGGCCAAGGCAUUCUCGGUACUGAGAAUGAAGAAAGUGGAUUGGCUGACGGUGUCUCAAGACCUGCACAGUCACUGGAAGCCCUUAGCGAGGAGAUAGUGAGCACAGCCAUCUCUACUGUAGUACAGAACACUCUCUCAGCCCUAUUACGCUCCACAGAGGCCAGCGAGGGGUCCUCCAUGGCCUCAUUUCUUCCCACCGAGACACCUCCGUGCCCAAUGGAAUCGGCCCUUGAGUCACCCUCCGCCCAGGAAGCCGGCAUAGAGGAAGAAGAGGGUGACGUCACCGAAGCAAGCACAGAGGAGCAGACUGAUGUCACACUCGUACCUGCAGAAGAAGAGGACUUUGAACUUCUGGACCAAAGCGAACUGGAACAGAUGGAUGAGGGGCUGGGCCUUGGAGUUGAUGAACAGGACGUGGGCGGGGCCUCUGCAGACAAGCCCACAAGCAGUCAGCAGCAUGCAGAUCAACAGGAUUCCUAGCUUCUCACCAUCAAAACGGUUCUUUUUAUUCAUAGUCCAUGUAGAUACCAUAUAAUGACACAUUUGCUUUGUGAAAGGGAACUUUGCAGUCAACUAUGCCUUUAUUUUGAUUUCAAGAGUGAGAUCACUGUGAUUGGUGGGCUUUUAUUUAUCGAGCAGGUGAACGUUGAGUCUCGCAAAAUGUACGACACCUAAUCCUAAACAUGAUGGUAACGAGAUUUUUUUAGAGAACUAAUUCACCUUCAGCCUCAAACCAACAACAACAAAUCAAGCCACUCAGAUUUCAGAACCGAUUUAAAGGGAUAGUUCACCCAGAAAUGAAAACUUGAUCAUUUUUUACUCACCCUCGUGUUGUUUCAAACUUGUAUGAUUUGCUUUUGAGUGAGCUAUUCCUUUCAAAUAGACUGACAAGUUUUAAAUGUUUACUGUAUAUUUUGACAAUGACAAAAUGUCUGUGAUAGAUAACGAGCUCUUUUGUUUAUCAAUCCCACACUGACCGUAGUCCUUUGGCUUUAGGCUUGAUGUAUACUUUAAAACCAUGGGAACAAGCCACCUGGGUAUGGGGCUAGAUCAAAGACUAUAGUAUUUGAAUCUGAAUUUUGUUCAUUUGAAGUCCAGAUGUGACAAUUAAAGGGAUAGUUCACCCAAAAAUGACAAAAUUUCAUCAUUUACUCACCCUCAUGCCAUCCCAGAUGUGUAUUUUCUUCUGCUGAACACAAAUGAAGAUUUUUAGGAGAAUAUCACUGUAGAUCUAUACGAUGCAAGUGAACUUUGAAGCUCUACAAAGCACAUAAAGGCAGCAUAAAAAAUAAAAAAUCCAUAUGACUACAGUGGUGAAAUGCAACUGAAUUUAAAUAAUUUUUUACCAUAAAGUUCCACUUUCACUUCCACAUUCUUUUUCUUCUGUUUUUGGCAAUUUGCAUUCUUCGUACAUAUCGCCAUCUACUGGGCAGGGAGGAGAAUUUAUAGUAGAAAAGGACUGAAAUAUUGAUCUGUUUCUUACCCACACCUUAUCGCUUCUGAUUAUAUAGAUUUAAGCACUGGAGUCAUAUGGAUUAUUUUUAUUCUGUUUUUUGGACCUUCAAAGUUCUGGCCACCAUUCUGAGCUGUGAAAUUCGUUUAAAAAUCUUGUUCAGCACAAGAAAGAAAGUCAUACACAUCUGGGAUGGCAUGAGGAUGAGUAAAUGAUGAGAGAAUUUUCAUUUUUGGGUGAAUAAUUCCGUUGACAAAAUGCAAGAUGUUUGUGGUGUAUUUUAGGAAUUUGUAUUUUUUUAAACAGCAGUUCUUUUUUUCUUUAUAUUUUUUUUUUUUUUUUUUUUGAACUAGCUGUAAAUAUUCAGAUUAUAAAAUUACAGGUUCAAAUUUUCAGAUUAAUGCAUUGUUAAUGCAUUCUGAACUAACAUGAACAAUAUUAUUUAUAAAUGAACAUUAGCUCAGUAAUUACUCAAAGUCCUAUGCUACAUCAGACUGAGCCAGAGAAUUCUGGUAACUCUGUGAUUGGCCAAAAUGCUAAAUUCGACUAUUCUGAUAACCUCUACCUUUCACUGUGGAACCCGAAAGCUUGACCUUUGGCCUUGUUUGAUCUAGGCCAAGAUAGGACAGUCUGGAUUUUUAAGAUCUGAAUUUGAGAGAUUUGUAUUUGGAGUUCUUGGUCUGAACAUUCGAACCUGUAAUUUUAUAAUCUGAAUAUUUACAGCUAAUUCCAUUUCUACAAAAAAAAACAAAAAAAACCAUGCUGUUUAAAAAUACAGAUUUUUAAAAUACAGCACAUAAUUUUUAACAUUUUGUUAAUUGUCUAGAAAUAAAUUAACAAAAUUCAGUUUCAAAUAUUUUUUUCAUUGUUUUAGCUCCAUACCUGGGCCGAGUUUUUUUUUUUUUUUCUUACGGGGCUGGUAAAUUUGGUUUGGUGUUCAAAGAAGGGAACGAACAGGCUGAAAAAACAACUUAAACCAGCCUGAGGUGGUUGCCUAGGCAGUGUUUCCCAAAAGCAUCGCAAGCCUAGGUAGAUCGUAGAAACCACCGGCACCAAUGGUUUCUACUAUCUACUUAGGCUUACGAUGCUUUUGGGAAAUACAGUCCAGAUAUGUCUAGUUUGAUGGUUUUGAGGGGUUUUGCGCAUUUCUGAGCUGGUCAGAUUGGGAGACAAGCUAAACCAACUAAAACCACCUAAGACCGGCAAACCACCUUAGACUGAUUUAAGCUGUUUUUCCGCAGGGGCGUAACUGCAAAUCCUCAAUAAAGAGACAUGUUAUGGUGAUUGUCAGAGAUUUAUUUUCGUUAUCAUAGCUAAACUAAUAUAUUGUAUAAUAUAUACAUAUAAAGAUGGUCUUAUUUAUUACAAUUGGUUAGAAUGAAGAAUAGUUUAUUAUUAAAUAUGUCUAGAAUAAAUAAUGAAGUUGCAAGACUUGUAUACUGGGAUUUUGAUGACAAAACCUGGAGAAAAUUUUAAAAGCGAUUAAAAAAAAAAUUAAUACAUUUGUCUCUAUUUAAGAUGUUGCACAAUUAAUUGUAAAUCAAUUUCUGAAAAUACUUUUGAUGAAAUGAAUAUUGGACUGUGCCAUUUAGCUACUUGUAUAUGUUGGUGUUUGGGGAUAUUAUCUUUGAAGUACUUGUUGAAUUUCAGCACAAAAUAAAUACGUAAUAGUAUAAUGUAAUAGUUGCACACACCUGUUUAGUCCUAAAAUGUUCCCCAUUCAGUGUUUUUUUUUGUAACAUUUCAAUUAAACAUGUCAGGUUAAAUGCGAUACGAUUGGAUGCACAUUUGAUCUAUUGUUGUGCGCACAUGCUCAAAUUUUGCAGGACCUUUCGAUUUUCAUAGCCAUGCCAAAUAAUUUAAAUUGCGUUGUAAAAAAACAAAAAAAAAAAAAAAAAAUCACAUUAUGUGGUCACAGAUUGCCUGAAAUUGUUUUGAAUGAUGAACUAAACUAUCACUGUAAAUCUACUGUAAGUUUGAGCGGAGUUUGCGCAUGGGCUUGACUGAACUAUCUUCCCAUUUUUAAAUUGAAUUGAAAACUUGUAAGAGGGUAAUCCUUCAUGAUUGAUUGAACCUUAUUUGUAUCUACAUUUUCAAGAUGUAAACAAUGUCAAGUUAUUGAGUUAUUUCUAGAAUUUACCAUGUAAAGCAAAAAGAGGGCAUAUUUUGUAUUGUAAUAUUUAAUAUUGAUUUGUCCUUUUGAUUUCAAUUUUGAAGCUUUUAAUGACUACUUCUGUGGCACUGAAUGAAUAUAAUAGGAUUUUAUGAUACAAUAUAUAUAUAUUUUUUUUCAAUUAUUAAUCAUACUAAAGGGAAAUAUCUUUUAAACUGGAAAAACAAUGUAUAUAUUUAAUGGCCUGUAUCAAAACAAAACAAAAACGCAAACUUUUUUCACACACAUUUUUAAACGGAUGUUGGCAGUUUGACAUUCCUUGAAAGUCAAAAGUUGAGUUGCGCUCUUACACCGUGUCCUAACUAGAGGAAGACCGAUAUAUCGGUUUUGCCGAUUAAUCUGUGCCAAUAGUUGCUUUUUGGAACUAUUGGUUAUCUGGAAAAUUCUUUGGCGAUUUUUUUUUUUUUUUUUUUUUUUUUUUUUUUCUUGGUGUGUUUCAGGCUUGUUUAUACUAAAAAGUCCUGCGUUAUGCACCAUAUCAUAUUUUUUUUUCUGGUUAUUAUUGGGAUUUUAGUUGAACAAUAAACUGCAUUUUGAAUUUUAUUUAUUCUGGCUCUUUGUCUAUGCCCUCCAUAGUAAAGAAAGAAUACACAUUUUUUUUGACAUUCUAUGAAUCAGUUUUAAAAACCAUCGGCCUAUUAAUCGGAUAUCGACCUUUCCCACCACCUUAGUUAUCGGUAUCGGCAAAAUCCCCUAUCGGUCGACCUCUAGAUUGGGUGUGAUUGUGUCAUGUUUUGCUGUGUUUUCAAUGUAGACAGAUUGCUUGCAGCUGAAAAAUUAGCCUAGUUAGGACAGUUUUUUUUUUUUUUCUAGUUUUCUCUCGAUUGAUUUUUGCCCCUUCUGUAGAUAAUAUCAACAAACUUACACAUCUGAUCUAGACAGUAGAGAUUUGUGUUUUAAAAUAUUUACGGAGAGAUUAUGUUUGUGUAAUAGUGAUUGUGUUUUGCUCAUGCUGUUACUGCUUUAUGAUCUAUAAAAAAGCACUUAGAGCAUUUAACUACGAAAAUGUAUUGUAGAAUGUGUUUUAUGUUUACUCCAUACAUCUCUAAUAUACACCUAUAUGCUGGUUGUCAAAUGUUUUGUGUUAAUUCACAAAGGGGAGCGUUCUUGGUGUGCUGAAAUGAAUGGGUAAAAAAUUGUCAACCAUCUGAAGUCCCAAGAAUAGUAAAGCCUUAUGUCAAAUGUGGCAGUUGACGACUUAAUUUGCACAUGAGACUGUAAAGUGUCCCAUUUGACAUAUGGUUCAGAAGGGUGUGCACAAGUUGCAACCUUUUGUGAAGCCCACACUUGUGUGAACUUUACUGCGGCCUACUUCUUAAGGGCAUAUACACGAGUGAAAGCUGCGAUGGAACAUUUUGCAGAUAGGAAUACGCAAUCACCACGUUGUAGCAGAAGCUGAAAUGUUCUCAUCUUUUCACGAACCCUUGCGUUUUUCCUCUACGUCCUUCCAACGCAUUUUCCUCAUUGAAAUCUAGGGAUUAGCAGAGUUCUUUGAUGCAGCAUAAACUAUGUAGGCUAGAGUUUGGAUUUUUGAGUCCAGACUCAGACUUGCGUAUGGUCUUAAAUCCAACUAUAUCCAUAAAUGAAUAGUUGCACCCCUGAUUUUGAUGUAAUGGCUAAGUUAUGAGUUUACAGUUGCAUUUUGAAUUCAACUUCCCUAGAUUCACUUUCUGCUCUUGGACCCUGCUGUAACAGACUUGUUCUCAGUUUAACUCUGCCCCCUUUGAACUCGUACUUGUCUCGAACUUGAUGUGUGUUGGAUUCAAUCAGUCGAGUCCGUGUCAAGACCAAGGACCAGUUGCAAGAAACACCUUAAGUUAAGAAAAUACUUAGUUACACUUGUAAGUGUAUUGUCAAUAAGGGAUUUCUUGCAACCGGCAGCUGGUUUUGACUCAUCAAAGGUGGACUCGAACCAAAUAUUUGUGUAGGGGCACUAACAGUCAAUACGACUUUGACAAUAUUCCAAGUAUUGCACUUGAUGUAGACAUGCGACCUCCUGGAAUUUUGCUUGUGCGUGUCCAUGAUGUCCAUGAGACUGUAGGGUGUCCCAUUUGGCGGCAAUGUACCCUUGAUGUGCCCUUUUGCGAAGCCCGCACUGGUAUGUACAUAAAAAUGGACAACUACCCAACAGUCUGUGUGGCAUUAUUACAAAAGUGUGGACUUUUAAGAGGACCACAAAGGGCAACAGAGCUAGUGUCCUUGGUGGACAUAGGACCAAGUAAUACCAACAUGAUCACACAGUAAAUCGAUACAUUGCUGCCGAAAGUUCAUGUACCCUGAAAUCAAACCCAUUCUGCCUAAUUACUGACAAGCGGCAUCCCCCAUCAGACAUUUUUGCAUCAGUGCAAGUGUGAAUACAUUUCCCUCUAGUGCUACUGAUAGCAUGCUGCUCGGGCAGCCUCCGAGACACAGAAGUACACACAUCGUGUACACAGAAACAAUUGUGAGCGUGAUCCGCAGGUUGCGUUUUUGCAUUUAAAUGUCAUUUUUAUUUCACUGACGAUUAGGUUUAGGGUUUGGGUUAGUGGGUAGAAUUCAUAAAACAUGAUUUCCUGUUGACUGUAUCAUUUACAACUAAAAAUACAACUCUCUUUUGGCGCCACUGUGGACUUUUCGCGUGGAUACUGAAACUCACAUGUGCCCAUAUGUUCAACAACACUUCCAGCUGUAAGGCUAGGUGCCAAGAGAACUGUAACCCAGCACACGCCCACAUAGAACAACAAAAGACUUCCAGGAAAAACAAUGCUCAAACUCUCUCACAAGUAGGAUCUGCACCUGAAAAACAAAGACCUCACUGUGUGAAAAACCCAGCUUCCUUCUUAACAAACAUUUGUCCACCUGAGACAUCCUGCCAUCCUCAUUCUACCCCCACAAACUCCAGCUGUUCUCUCUCUCCCUUGUCUCCCCCACAAGGUCCACACACAAGAUGUAUAUGUGAAAAUGUAACAAAGAAAACCAUGAAAACAAAGAAUGCAACUGUAUGUGUUUGAUAUAAUUUAAGAGGUCUCUGUGCGACUAGUAUAAUGGUCUCUUUCCCAUGUUGGUAAAACUAAUGGUGACAAAGUUAUAAGGUCUUUGCCAAAUACUGCAUUAUUCUGGAGGUCUAUCCCCCUCCUUGACCUACAAUUUAAAUGAUCUCUUGUAUGUUAAUAAGGUUAAAUCCCAGGAAGUCAAGAACCCAUUCACCCCCAAAUUCUCAUUGUUAUAAGGAUAAUACAAUUUGGUACACAAUGUUUAUUCUGUCUGGGUAUUUAAGGAAAGUUGGCUCAGGGAAUCUGUAAGCCAGAUCUCCCACGCCUUGCCGUUGCAUGUAGUUUUCCCGUUGUCAGGUAUGUCUCUUGAUUCUUAUUUUUAGUAAUGCUUGUUUAUUCUGAUCAUGUGUGAAAUUGGCUUUGAUUUGGAGUUGUGUAACGAUGUUUUAUAUCCUACCUGACAAAUAAAUUGUUAUUAUUUGAUUUAUUCUGAA